GGAGCCGUGGCUAGAAGCCAGCGUCUUGUCCACUCUUAUUCUUCCUCGACCGCCAUGUUCAAGUUCCUCAACGGGUCUUUCUUCCACGAAAAACACCAACUCGUGUUUGGCCCCCUAAAUCACCAUAUGGCAAUUGAUUGGAUCAAGUCUGCUUUGACUAUUCUCGGUAUCCUCGUCGUUGGUCGCAUCGUCGUGUUCUUCCGACACCUUCGCAGGGUGAAUCAUCUCCCCGGACCGCGACCACCAUUCGACCCUAUGGGCCUUCCGGGCGCUCUUUUCCCGACAUCCUGGUGGAACGCAGGUGCAGAUAUGCAUUGGGUACGCCGAGAAAAAUUAUAUAAAGAAAACGAAACGAUCUCGGUGGUCCCUUGGUUUUCCGGACGGCCUCUUAUCUACGCAUCGAAUUUGGAUGUCUUACGACAAGUCUCCUCCAGUCAAAAGUCUUGUUUCAUCAAGCCCGAGACUGCUAGCAGAACUUUACUACUGUUUGGGCUCAACUUGGCAGCUGCCGAUGGAGACGUGUGGCGAAGACAUAGGCGAAUAAUGGGGCCUGCUUUCAACACUAAACUUUAUCAGCUUGUGUGGGAAGAAACUAUCAAGACGUACCGCGAUAUGGUCGCUGCGGAGGGUUGGGCGAAACGCCACACAAUAGAGAUACCGGCUAUUCAGGCAUUGACAUUCAAGCUUGCUCUUCUAGUACUCGGAACAUGCGGUUUUGGUUUCGAUUUCAACUGGUCAGCCCCACCGGAGACAUCAGAAGGAGAAAUGACUGUACAAGAAGCCAUUCGUACUGUCCUGGAUGCAAAUAUGAUGCUGAGCUUCGCUCCAGCGUGGGUCAAGAGUUUACCCUUUAGCAACUUCAAACGGCCGCGAGAUGCAUACAAUCAGUUGACUCGCUUCAUGCAAGAUCAAGUACAUUUGCGAAAAGCGGAGGUUCGAGGGCAAACACCAGAGGAGUACAAAAGGGAUGCCUUCAGUAUGCUCGUUCAAGCCAAUGAAGACGCUGAAGGCAAAUAUCGUUUGAACGACGCGGAAUUAAUCGGCAAUGUGUUCGUGAUGCUUUUUGCAGGUCAUGAAACGUCGGCACACACACUUGCCGCAACCUUGGGCUUCUUAGCAGUGAACGACCAUGCCCAAGAUGAGGUUUUACAAGAAAUAAUUGACGUUGUUGGAUACGACCGAGACCCUGUAUUCGAUGAUUACAAUAACCUCAACAAAGUUUUGUCUGCGUUUUACGAGGCGCUAAGAUCCUUUCCAUCUGGACACGUUUUGAUUCGAGAACCAACGGAAGAUACCGCUAUCGAGAUUCCCAAUCCUCGCGGACAGGAAGGAACACAGGUGUUCCCCGUACAAAAAGGCUCCUGGCUCGUUCUCGAUAUGAUAGGCAUUCAACGCAAUCCACGUUAUUUCGAGGAUCCCAUGGAAUAUAAACCCUCUCGCUGGCAUGGUAUCAAGAAUGACUCGGAUCAGUUCUCUGCUUUCAGUCUCGGCCCUCGCGGCUGCAUUGGUCGAAAGUUCGCUACUACAGAGGCAGUGUGUUUUCUGACGAUGUUGUUGAGAGAUUACAAAGUGGGACCACUUUUACAACCUGGUGAAAGUAGGGAGCAAUGGAAGAAAAGGAUUUUGGAUGGUAAAAUCAUUCUGACCCUUGGAGUUCUGGAUGUUCCCGUUACCUUCACAAAGAGAACCAGGAAGUGAUCGACUUCCUCUACUUAUUUCAACAAUUCAAAGCUUUGUGGUCAAAGUAUGACAUGCGGC